GUAGAAUGGACGGCCUGAGAAUAUGGAUAUAAACGAACCACAUGCAUAGUAUGUACGCUUAGUUCUCUUACUUCACAUAUACAUAUACAAUCAUGUCAGCUGAAGGUGUUCGCGUUGUUCUCCUGGGUGCUCCCGGCAGUGGUAAGGGUACCCAAGCCCCUAACCUGCAAAAGGCAUACAACAUCUGUCAUCUAGCCACAGGUGAUAUGCUUCGCGCUGCUGUAAAGACCGGUUCGCCCAUGGGACAAGAGGCUAAGAAGGUUAUGGACGCAGGCAAGCUGGUCAGUGACGAAAUCAUUGUGGGUUUGAUCGAUGAGGCUCUCAAACGCCCCGAUUGCGCGAAGGGUUUCAUUCUGGACGGUUUCCCUCGUUCGCUCACACAGGCUGCAAAGCUGGACACCAUGCUGGAUGAGCGCAAGACUCCGCUUAACGCUGUGAUUGAGCUGCGCAUCGACGACUCACUGCUGGUGCGUCGUAUCACCGGACGUCUUGUUCACCCCGCCAGUGGCCGGUCAUACCACGUGGAGUUCAACCCCCCCAAGCAGCCCAUGACCGACGAUAUCACGGGCGAGCCACUGGUGCAACGCUCAGAUGAUAACGAGAACACCCUGAAGAGCCGUCUGGCGACGUACCAUGAGCAGACCGCUCCGUUGGUGAACUACUACGAGAAGAAGGGCAUCCUCAGCACAAUGGAUGCCUCUAAGCCCCCCAGCGCGGUGUGGGCCGGAAUCCAGGCUAUGUUUAACAAGAAGUAAAAUGGCCAAGAGUAGUGGGACUGCACCAGGGCGGUUUAAGAGGCGGACUAGCAAUUACUGAUUUAUAGUGGCAGAAGUAGUCUGCAAUGACUUAUUUCUUGAUGGUAAAUAAAAUAAAUAGUUUCAGAGUGUAGAAGAGAUAUCACCGCGAGUGAAAGGUAUCAACGAGCUCUCUAUAAACUUGAGGAAACAUAUGUGGGGUUUUUAUUACUAGUAUAACCCUUUGCCGUCCGUAUCGUUGCAGUGCAUCGUAGACGAUUGACACCUACCAUUUACCUCCUACGCAAUGGUUCCUGGUGUGCCGUUCUCUGGUUCUUUCGAGGGCCAAGUUUAAUCCAAACACAAAUUCACUUGUGCAUGUUGAGCUUACAGAUAUAUUUAAGGGUAGAACUUCGUAAAUUAAUUAUCUGGUAGCUCUCGCCACAGC